AUGUGGAAGGAAAUUUUAAUUGUUAGUGACGUCAGUCAUGGGGUUUUCACUCAAAUAGGGGCAUCGUUGAUUAUCGUAUUUCUACGUAGUUUAAGUCUUUGCUCAAGUGACCAAAGAGAUGUAAUUGUCAUUUCCUGCUUCGUUUCAUUUUGGGCUCAAAGUCAAAUCUCCGAAAAGAACAAAUAUAAACAAAACAAGUUCAUGAAAUCAUUUUGCCGAAACUAA